CAUAUCAAUCAAUAGAAAAACCACGUAAACAUCAAUCUAGUUAUCUAGUAUAUUCUAGAAAAGAAAUUAUUGAUUGGCUGAAGUAUUUUAUGACGUCAUUUGAAGUAUAAAAGCUGUAAUUUAGUUCGCCAUUUUGUUAUUUCAAAUUUACACAGCAGCGUUUAAUAAGUAAGUCAAGAAGUGAAGAAGUUAGUGUUCUAGAAAUUAGAAAUACAGAUUAAUUUUUUUCCUUUGUGUUAUUGAAAGCUACAAAUAAAAUAAUGCAGAUCUUUGUAAAAACACUCACUGGUAAAACCAUCACCCUCGAGGUUGAACCAUCAGAUACUAUCGAGAAUGUCAAAGCUAAAAUUCAAGAUAAGGAGGGGGAUUCCACCAGAUCAACAAAGAUUAAUUUUUGCUGGAAAGCAGUUGGAAGAUGGCCGUACUCUCUCAGACUACAAUAUUCAAAAAGAAUCAACCCUCCACUUGGUACUUCGUCUUAGAGGAGGUAUGCAAAUUUUUGUUAAAACUUUAACUGGAAAGACCAUUACCCUCGAAGUAGAAGCUUCAGACACUAUUGAAAAUGUCAAAGCCAAAAUUCAAGACAAAGAAGGUAUUCCACCAGAUCAACAAAGAUUAAUUUUUGCUGGAAAGCAGUUAGAAGAUGGCCGUACUCUCUCAGACUACAAUAUUCAAAAAGAAUCAACCCUCCACUUGGUACUUCGUCUUAGAGGAGGUAUGCAAAUUUUUGUUAAAACUUUAACUGGAAAAACCAUUACCCUUGAAGUAGAACUUCAGAUACUAUUGAAAAUGUCAAAGCCAAAAUUCAAGACAAAGAAGGUAUUCCACCAGAUCAACAAAGAUUAAUUUUUGCUGGAAAGCAGUUAGAAGAUGGCCGUACUCUCUCAGACUACAACAUUCAAAAAGAAUCAACUCUCCACUUGGUACUUCGUCUUAGAGGAGGUAUGCAAAUUUUUGUUAAAACUUUAACUGGAAAAACCAUUACCCUUGAAGUAGAACCUUCAGAUACUAUUGAAAAUGUCAAAGCCAAAAUUCAAGACAAAGAAGGUAUUCCACCAGAUCAACAAAGAUUAAUUUUUGCUGGAAAGCAGUUGGAAGAUGGCCGUACUCUCUCAGACUACAACAUUCAAAAAGAAUCAACUCUCCACUUGGUACUUCGUCUUAGAGGAGGUAUGCAAAUUUUUGUUAAAACUUUAACUGGAAAAACCAUUACCCUUGAAGUAGAACCUUCAGAUACUAUUGAAAAUGUCAAAGCCAAAAUUCAAGACAAAGAAGGUAUUCCACCAGAUCAACAAAGAUUAAUUUUUGCUGGAAAGCAGUUGGAAGAUGGCCGUACUCUCUCAGACUACAACAUUCAAAAAGAAUCAACUCUCCACUUGGUACUUCGUCUUAGAGGAGGUAUGCAAAUUUUUGUUAAAACUUUAACUGGAAAGACCAUUACCCUCGAAGUAGAAGCUUCAGACACUAUUGAAAAUGUCAAAGCCAAAAUUCAAGACAAAGAAGGUAUUCCACCAGAUCAACAAAGAUUAAUUUUUGCUGGAAAGCAGUUAGAAGAUGGCCGUACUCUCUCAGACUACAAUAUUCAAAAAGAAUCAACCCUCCACUUGGUACUUCGUCUUAGAGGAGGUAUGCAAAUUUUUGUUAAAACUUUAACUGGAAAAACCAUUACCCUUGAAGUAGAACCUUCAGAUACUAUUGAAAAUGUCAAAGCCAAAAUUCAAGACAAAGAAGGUAUUCCACCAGAUCAACAAAGAUUAAUUUUUGCUGGAAAGCAGUUAGAAGAUGGCCGUACUCUCUCAGACUACAACAUUCAAAAAGAAUCAACUCUCCACUUGGUACUUCGUCUUAGAGGAGGUAUGCAAAUUUUUGUUAAAACUUUAACUGGAAAAACCAUUACCCUUGAAGUAGAACCUUCAGAUACUAUUGAAAAUGUCAAAGCCAAAAUUCAAGACAAAGAAGGUAUUCCACCAGAUCAACAAAGAUUAAUUUUUGCUGGAAAGCAGUUGGAAGAUGGCCGUACUCUCUCAGACUACAACAUUCAAAAAGAAUCAACUCUCCACUUGGUACUUCGUCUUAGAGGAGGUAUGCAAAUUUUUGUUAAAACUUUAACUGGAAAAACCAUUACCCUUGAAGUAGAACCUUCAGAUACUAUUGAAAAUGUCAAAGCCAAAAUUCAAGACAAAGAAGGUAUUCCACCAGAUCAACAAAGAUUAAUUUUUGCUGGAAAGCAGUUGGAAGAUGGCCGUACUCUCUCAGACUACAACAUUCAAAAAGAAUCAACUCUCCACUUGGUACUUCGUCUUAGAGGAGGUAUGCAAAUUUUUGUUAAAACUUUAACUGGAAAGACCAUUACCCUUGAAGUAGAAGCUUCAGGACACUAUUGAAAAUGUCAAAGCCAAAAUUCAAGACAAAGAAGGUAUUCCACCAGAUCAACAAAGAUUAAUUUUGCUGGAAAGCAGUUGGAAGAUGGCCGUACUCUCUCAGACUACAACAUUCAAAAAGAAUCAACUCUCCACUUGGUACUUCGUCUUAGAGGAGGUAUGCAAAUUUUUGUUAAAACUUUAACUGGAAAAACCAUUACCCUUGAAGUAGAACCUUCAGAUACUAUUGAAAAUGUCAAAGCCAAAAUUCAAGACAAAGAAGGUAUUCCACCAGAUCAACAAAGAUUAAUUUUUGCUGGAAAGCAGUUGGAAGAUGGCCGUACUCUCUCAGACUACAACAUUCAAAAAGAAUCAACUCUCCACUUGGUACUUCGCCUUAGAGGAGGUAUGCAAAUUUUUGUUAAAACUUUAACUGGAAAGACCAUUACCCUUGAAGUAGAAGCUUCAGACACUAUUGAAAAUGUCAAAGCAAAAUUCAAGACAAAGAAGGUAUUCCACCAGAUCAACAAAGAUUAAUUUUUGCUGGAAAGCAGUUAGAAGAUGGCCGUACUCUCUCAGACUACAACAUUCAAAAAGAGUCUACCCUUCAUUUGGUACUUCGUUUAAGAGGAGGAAAAUUAUAUUGGUGAAAUUAAGCUGAUUUUUAUAUUUUUAAUAAAUAAAUUAUAAUCUA